AUGGCGGACUCCAACAGCCUCGACCCCGGCCUCGCCGCGGCCCCCGACCGGCCCGGUCUCCAGCGCCGCCGCUCCAAGAACCCGCUCAAGAACAUGAUGCAGCACCUCACCGUCGAGCCUGCGACCGCCGACGACGACGGCAGCCCUCGCCGCGAAUCCCUCAUCCGCCGUAUCAGCUGGCGCAAAAGCCGCAGCCCCUCGGCCCACUCCGAGGCCUCCUCCUCGGCCGCCCCCUUGGCCUCGCUCCCAAACGCAGACCCAGCCCUGUGUCCCGCCUGCACCAGCAUCGCCGCCGACAUCGACACCACCCUCGACGACGUCGACGCCUCGUACGUAAAAGCCGUCAACCCGGCCGCCGACGAUGGCUUUGACAACCGCGAGUCCCACAUCGCCCGCCUCAAGGGCCUCGAAGACAACCGCUGGACUGCCACUUGUCCGCUCUGCAAGCUCUUCUGGGCCAUCCGUGUCCCCGGCGACGGCGACGGCGACUACUGCCUCUCGGCCUUUUCCACCAGGGACUCGAAUUACCUCAUCGACCCCAUCAGCAUGUUCGACUCGCGCCACCCCGCCGGCCACAAGGCCCCCGGCCUCGCCCCGGCCUUUCUCGCCGUCGUCCCCAAGAAAAAGGGGCCCGCCGCCAGGGACUGGAUCGUCUCCCCGGACUGGUUCCGCCAAGCCGGCAUGCUCCUCCGCACCGUCCCGCCCUCCGACCUCGCCCUCCAGCUCGAGCCCAGGCGCGGCAGAUCCCCCGCCCCCGGCCGCCGAGCCGCCGAGCCCCCCGUCCUCGCCGUCAACGACGCCACCCCCGAGACCCGCGGCAUUUGGGGCCGAGAGAUUGGCCGCUCGGCCGACAUGGCCAUCGCGCAAGACUGGCUCCGCUUCUGCCAAUCCCACCACCAGGGCCGUUGUCAGCGCUCCCUUGUCACGGCCGAGUUGCCAGGCUUCCACCUCAUCGACUGCGCCGCGACUCCGCCGCGCGUCGUCCCGGCCUCCAUCAGCCAGGAUUACGUCGCCCUGAGCUACGUCGCCGGCAAAGACGUGGCCGAGCCGUGGUCGAGGGUCGUGCGAGACGCCAUUGCCGUCACCAAGGACUUGGGCCUGCGCCACCUCUGGGUCGACCGGCUGUGUAUCGACGACUCGCGACCCGAGGACAAGGCCCAGCAGGUCGCCAGGAUGGACGAUGUUUUCGAAGGCGCCGUGCUGACCAUUAUUGCCGCCCACGGAGACGAUGCCAUGCAGGGCUUGCCCGGCGUCGGCUCCACGCCCCGGCCGCCCCAGCCCAACAUCGAGGAGUCGACCUGGUACACGCGCGGCUGGACCUACCAGGAGGGCCUGCUGGCCCGCCGCCGCCUCGUCUUCACCGAGCAGCAAAUGUAUUGGGAGUGCGACGGCAUGCUUUCCCCCGAGACGCUCGUGCUGCCCCUCGACCACUACCACGACCCCCAGCAGCAGCGCAUGUGCGACUUUGUCCGCCCAGGGCUCUUCAACGGCGCCGCCGGCGUCGACGGCACUUGGCGCGCCUGGAAGAAGCUGCCCAAACCCGACGAGGAGCCCAGUAUCAUGAGUGUCUUCCGCGCCGCCGACCAGCACAUUGUCAACUACUCCAAGCGCCACCUUCGCUACGACGAGGACUCGCUCAGCGCCUUUCUCGGAAUCCCUGAGCUGUUUGCGCUGGCGACGAGCUUCUGGCAUCACAAGAGCGGCGGCAGCGGGAGCGGGGGGGCAACCAGGAGGCGCCACCUCCCGAGCUGGACAUGGGCCGGGUGGAAGGGCCCCGUCGAGCUCUUCUCGUCGAUUGUCGUGGCGGACUCCGGCGGCGGCGGCAAGGACCGCAAGCUGCUCAACCACCACUACGUCAGCGCGACGCAUCUGGCCCGCAACGACCAGCCGUCGCCCAAUUGGACCUACUCGCCCAACAUAGUGUUGCUGGGGCCCGACGGCAAUGCGGCCUACGACUUCUUCUCGCAAGCGGCCCCCCGCCUGGCGCAGGGACGGUACCGGCUGCGUGUGUCGGACCCGCUGGUGCUGGACCGCGUCAAGGCGCGGACGCACGCGGGGGGGUGGAUGUUCAACGACGUGAGCGUCGACGUGCGGCUCAGUCGGGGUGGCGGGACGGACCAGUCCGGGGCGACGACAAGCGGGCUCCGGGACUACGUGGAGCGGCACGCGCGCGGGGAGCAGGUAACGGUGCUGUGGUUCGUCGAGGAGGCGACAGUGAUGCUGCUGGUGGUGGAGCGGACGGGCGCGACGGGCGCGUGGGAGCGUGUUGGGCGGGCGCGCAUGGCGUUUGCGCAAGAGGCCAAGGAGGUGGUGCGGCGGUUUGGGCGGCUUGAGGUGAUGCUCAACCACCUGCCGCUGCGGCGGCUCGGGCACGACAUGGUGAUUGAGUGA